AUGAGUUUCAUGAAGGGCAUGGCUAUAGUCUUGGCUGUGAUAUUCUGCGCUACGAUUGUUCAAGGUUUCCCCAUGUUCAAAGGGGGACGCUGUCUUUGCAUAGGCCCUGGAGUAAAAGCAGUGAGAGUGGCAGAUAUUGAGAAAGUCUCCAUAAUUUACCAAAGUAACAACUGUGACAAAAUAGAAGUGAUUAUCACCCUGAAAGCAAAUAAAGGACAAAGAUGCCUAAAUCCCAGAUCGAAGCAAGCAAACGUUAUAAUCAAGAAAGUUGAAAGAAGGAAUUUUUUAAAAUAUCAAAAUGUAUGA